AUGCUCCAUAUCGAAGCCGAAGAUAGCACGAAGCAAAGCGAAGCUCUAUUUCGAAGCCACGAAGCUCUAUUUCGAAGCCACGAAACUCCAGUUCGAACCCCCAAACCUUCCCUUCGAAGCCCCAAACCAUCCAAAAAAGCUCCAGACGCCAGGAAAGUCAACAAACCCGCGUCGCCAAGGAUUCACCCCUGGGAGGACCUAACCCGAAGGCCGUUCCUCGAAGGGGGUGGCUGGGCGCCCCUGAGGAAUGGACAGGAUGCCUCUCACGCCCAAAACUUCAUGAGCGCCCACCAUGCCCGGCCAGGUCCGGCAGUCGCCCCCCUCGCCCCCAUCAUCCUCCCCGCCCCAUACACCACGGACCCCGCCCACCGCCCACACCACCCCGCCCACGCCUCGCCCAUCAUCUACUACAUCCAGCUCCCACCCAGCGGCGAGGACCUGCACGGGGCGGCGCUGUCUCCCCUCGUCAUGCAGCCCUUCGGAGAAAGCGGGAUUCCCAUUCCAGGCCCCUACGGCGAACCCCUGAGCGAAGCCCUCAACUACUUGACGAAGAAGCUGAUCAUGACAUUCGAAGUCGUCCUCGGGGGUAUGCUCUUCUUCCUCGGGGCUUCUGCGGGCGCGGUGCUGGCCAAGGUGCUCCUCGAGGACGUGGUCGAGAGGGAGGUGCUGUCCCAGGCCUUCGGGGGAUACGGGGUCAUGGAACUCGUCAUGAAGUCCGUCGAUAUGUACGAGCAGUUCACGUGA